AUGAACAUGGCAAGUGUCCGCUGCAAGUUGGCCCGUUACCUGGAGGAUUUGGGGGACACAGACUUUAAGAAAUUCAAGAUGCACUUAGAAGACUACCCUUCUCAAAAGGGGUUCAGCCCACUCCCUCGGAGUCAGACAGAGAAGGCAGACCACAUGGAUCUAGCUACUUUGAUGAUUGACUUCAAUGGUGAGGAGAAGGCAUGGGCCAUGGCAGUGUGGAUUUUUGCUGCAAUCAACAGGAGAGACCUUUAUGAAAAAGCUAAGAGGGAUGAGCCACAGUGGGAUAAUGCACAUGUGGUAUACCGGGAAGAAAGCCUUGAAGAAGAGUGGAUGGGUUUAUUUGGGUACCUAUCCAGAAUCUCUAUUUGUAAAAAAAAGAAGGAUUACUGUAAGAAGUACAAAAAACAUGUGAGGAGCAGAUUCCAGUGUAUCAAAGAUAGGAAUGCUCGUCUGGGUGAGAGCGUGAACCUCAACAAACGCUAUACCAGGCUGCGUCUUGUCAAGGAACACAAGAACCAGCAAGAGAGGGAACAUGAGCUCCUGGCCAUCGGCAGGACUUCAGCCAAGAUGCUGGACAGCCCUGUGAGCUCCCUGAAUGUGGAAUUACUGUUUGAGCCUGACGACCAACACUCUGAGCCUGUUCACACGGUGGUAUUCCAGGGAGCAGCAGGCAUUGGGAAAACAAUACUGGCAAGGAAGAUCAUGUUGGACUGGGCAUCAGAGAAAAUUUACCAGGACAGGUUUGACUAUUUGUUUUAUAUCCACUGUCGGGAAGUGAGUCUUGGGACACGGAGGAGCCUGGGAGACCUGAUUGUCAGCUGCUGCCCGGAUCCAAACCCACCCAUAUGCAAGAUUGUGAGCAAGCCUUCUCGGAUUCUCUUCCUCAUGGAUGGCUUCGAUGAACUUCAGGGUGCCUUUGAUGAGCACACAGAGGCGCUCUGUACAAACUGGCAGAAGGUAGAGCGGGGAGACAUUCUCCUGAGCAGCCUCAUCAGAAAGAGGCUGCUUCCCGAGGCCUCUUUACUUAUCACCACGAGACCUGUGGCUCUGGAGAAACUACAGCAUUUGCUGGACCGCCCCCGUCAUGUGGAGAUCCUGGGUUUCUCAGAGGCCAAAAGAAAGGAAUACUUUUUCAAGUAUUUCUCAGAUGAGCAGCAAGCCAGGGAGGCCUUCAGGCUGAUUCAGGAGAAUGAGAUCCUCUUCACCAUGUGCUUUAUCCCCUUGGUCUGCUGGAUUGUGUGCACUGGGUUGAAGCAGCAGAUGGACAGUGGCAAGAGUCUUGCCCAGACAUCCAAGACCACCACUGCAGUGUACAUCUUCUUCCUCUCCACUUUGUUGCAAUCCCGCAGAGGGAACCAGAACCACGAUGUCUCUACUAACCUCCGGGGUCUCUGUUCCUUGGCCGCAGAUGGAAUCUGGAACCAGAAAAUCCUGUUUGAGGAGUGUGACCUUAGGAAUCAUGGCCUUCAGAAGGCAGAUGUAUCUGCUUUCUUGAGGAUCAACCUAUUCCAGAAGGAAGUGGACUGUGAGAAAUUCUACAGCUUCAUCCACAUGACCUUCCAGGAAUUCUUUGCUGCCAUGUACUACUUGCUGGAAGAGGAGGGACAGGGAGACACAGGGAGCUUGCUGUUGAGUGGUUCCAAGCUUCCCAACCGAGAUGUGACAGUCCUUCUGGAAAACUAUGGCAAGUUUGAAAAGGGGUAUCUGAUUUUCGUUGUCCGUUUCCUCUUUGGCCUUGUAAACCAGGAGAGAACCUCCUACUUGGAGAAAAAACUGAGUUGCAAGAUCUCUCAGCAAAUCAGGCUGGAGCUGCUAAAAUGGAUUGAAAAGAAAGCCAAGGCCAAGAAUCUGCAGAUCCAGCCCAGCCAGUUGGAGUUGUUCUACUGUCUAUAUGAGAUGCAAGAGGAGGACUUUGUGCAAAAGGCCAUGGGCCAUUUCCCCCAAAUUGACAUCAAUCUCUCUACCAGAAUGGACCAUGUAGUUUCUUCUUUUUGUAUUGAGAACUGUCAAGGUGUGGAAUCACUUUCCCUGAGGUUGCUUCAUAACUCUCCAAAGGAAGAGGAGGAGGAAGAGGAGGAGGAAGUGCAACACUGUGAGGUGGACCACUGUGUCCUCCUAGAUCCUCAUGCUGCCUAUACUCACCGGUUGGUGAACUGCCAUCUCACUGUUAGCCUUUGGCAGGGUCUCUUCUCAGUACUAAGCACUAGCUGGAACCUCACGGAACUGAACCUCAGUGACAAUGCUCUGGGGGACCCAGGGAUGAUGGUGUUAUGUGAGAUGCUCCAGCGUCCUGGCUGUAAUGUUCAGAGAUUGUGGUUGGGGCGAUGUUGCCUUUCCUAUCAGUGCUGCUUCAACAUCUCCUCAGUCCUGAGCAGCAAUCAGAAGCUGGUAGAAUUGGAUCUGAGCCACAACAGCUUGGGAGAUCUUGGAAUCAGACUUCUUUGUGUGGGACUGAGGCAUCUAUUCUGCAAUCUGAAGAAGCUCUGGUUGAUGAAUUCGGGACUUACAUCAGGUUGCUGCCCAGCUCUGUCUUCAGUGCUCAGCACUAACCAGAAACUCACACACCUUUACCUAAGGGGCAAUGCUCUUGGAGACACAGGGGUGAAGCUACUCUGUGAGGGCCUCUUGCACCCCAGCUGCAAGCUUCAGAUAUUGGAAUUGGACAACUGUAGUCUCACCUCACACUGUUGCUGGGACCUUUCCACACUUCUGACCUCCAACCAGAGCCUGCGGGACCUGAGCCUAGGCAACAAUGACCUUGGUGAUCUGGGGGUCAUGCUACUCUGUGAGGUGCUGAGGCAGCAGGGCUGCCUCCUGAAACGCCUGAAGUUGUGUGGAAUGUAUUUCAAUUAUGAUACAAAAUGUGCAUUAGAAAUACUUCAAGAAGAAAAGCCUGAGUUGACCAUUGUCUUUGAGCCUUCUUGGUAG